GAAUCAUCGAGGUGAAUGCAGAAGAUGGCUGCGCAGGGAGUGAGUUGCUGCCUCCUGUUCUUCUGUCUCGUCUUGGGGGCAUCAUCGCGGAAAGCUGUCCGGAACAGCACGCAGUCGCCACCUGUGGUCAUUUGGCACGGCAUGGGUGACAGCUGUUGUAAAGGUCUCACCUUGCACUUCAUUAGACUGGUGAAAGAAGCAAUUCCAGGAAUUUAUGUCUUGCCUUUGGAAAUUGGAAGCACUGUUGAGGAGGACAUUAAGAACGGUUACUUCAUGAAUCUAAAUGACCAAGUAGAGUUGGUGUGUAAUAUAUUAUCCAAGGACAAGAAGCUGCAGAAUGGAUACAAUGCGAUGGGCUUUUCUCAAGGAGGACAAUUUAUAAGAGCUGUAGCACAGAGGUGUCCUUCUCCUGCUAUGAUUAAUCUAAUCACAUUUGGAAGUCCGCAUCAAGGAGUGUAUGGUGUCCCCCACUGUCCUGGAGAGAGUUCUGACAUCUGUGACUGGAUAAGGAAACUGUUGAACUAUGGUGCUUAUAGAAGCUUAAUUCAAAACCAUUUGGUGCAGGCAGAGUACUGGCAUGAUCCCUUGAAUGAAGAGCUUUACAGAAACAAAAGUGUUUUCUUGGCAGACAUUAAUCAAGAAAGGGGCAUCAAUGAAAGCUAUAAAGAAAAUCUGAUGAAGUUGAAGAAGUUUGUAAUGAUAAAAUUCUUGAAGGAUUCUGUGGUUGACCCUAUUGAUUCCGAGUGGUUUGGUUUCUAUAAAGCUGGCCAGGCCAAAGACACGUACACAUUGCAAGAGAGUAUUCUUUAUAAAGAGGAUCGAUUGGGGUUGAAGGCGAUGGAUAAACUGAACAAACUAGAAUUUCUAAGUGUGGAUGGGGACCAUCUUCAAUUCUCACAGGAAUGGUUCAACACCAAUAUUGUUCCUUACCUAAACUGAUCCUGUUUUUGCACUAACGGUUUGCCUGACUGAUUCAUCCUCAAUCAGUGCAUCUAGUUUUUACUUGCAAUAGGAACUAAUUCACUUCAAAUAUAAUUGAGUUCAAACGUAACUGGCGCCAGUGACCGCUCACUGGAGGCUGUACCUUUCUGGGGUGGUUCCUCCUCACUCCUGUGUCAGUAAAUUGGUGCACUUCAGGGAGGGCUAGCCUGUUUAGGGAUUUAACCAUUAGCACACAACAUAUUUUGUCAUGAAAUGUUCUGCUUUUCUUAGCAUUUUGAAAACACUGAAUUAACUAAUUGCAAUUCAGCAAUGACUUGAGUAUUAAUAUUUUUAAAAGCUUUUCGGGAUAAAUCGAGAGUUGUGGAGAUCUGCACUCAGUGGCCACUUUAUUAGGUACAGGAGUAGAACCCGGUGUUGCCUUCUGCUGUUGCAGCCUGAGCCUGUCCGUUUCACAAUUCCAUGCGUUGUGCAUUCAGAGGUGUUUUCUGCACGCCACUGUUGUAACGCCUGGUUACUUGAGUUGGUCACCUUCCUGUCAGCCUGAUCCAGUCUGCCCAUUCUCCUCUGACCUCUCUCAUGAACAAUUCAUUUUUGGCCACAAAGCUGCCACUCACUGGAGGUUUUGUUGUUUUUCACACCGAUCUCUGUAAACUGUAGAGAUGGUGUGUGAAAAUGUCAGGAGAUUAGCAGUUUCUGAGAUACUCAAAUCGCCCCUUCUGGCAGCUGUGGAGACCAAGUCUUUGAGUAUAUUUAAAGUGAAGAUCAACCGGAUCUUAGUAAGCAUCUCAAAGGUUUCAGGGGGAAGGCAGGAGAAUGGUGGAAUGACAGAAUAGACUCGAUGAGCCAAAUGGCUUAAUUCUGCUCCUGUGUCUUAGUCUCAAGCCAUGUCAAAGCUCAUUUAAGUAGUGUCGUGGUUACCCAGCAUGCUGGGCUAUGAAGCUUGGUCAAUUUGUGUGUGUGUGAAGAUCAGCUACUGGGCCUCUAGUGCUGGGGGUUAUCUGGAAUUUUACUUCCUUUAAGUGGCAGUGUGUUACAUUCACAUUUGCUGUAAAUUGCCAGUCAUUAUUUGUGUCAAAUGCAAGUUUCUCAACUGGAAUGUUAUAAUGUUUGCAGAUGAUACUAAGAUAGGUGGAGUUGUGGAUAAUGAAGUAGGUUUUCAAAGCUUGCAGAGAUAUUUAGGCCAGUUAGAAGAGUGGGCUGAAAGAUGGCAGAUGGAGUUUAAUGCUGAUAAAUGUGAGGUGCUACAUUUUGAUAGGACUAAUCAAAAUAGGACAUACAUGGUAAAUGGUAGGGCAUUGAAGAAUGCAGUAGAACAGAGGGAUCUAGGAAUAAUGGUGCAUUGUUCCCUGAAGGUGGAAUCUCAUGUGGAUAGGGUGGUGAAGAAAGCUUUUGGUAUGCUGCCCUUUAUAAAUCAGAGCAUUGAGUAUAGGAGUUGGGAUGUAAUGUUGAAAUUGUACAAGGCAUUGGUGAGGCCAAAUUUGGAGUAUUGUGUACAGUUUUGGUCACUGAAUUAUAGGAAAGAUAUCAACAAAAUAGAGAGAGUGCAGAGGAGAUUUAUGAGAAUGUUGCCUGGGUUUCAUCACCUAAGUUACAGAGAAAGGUUGAACAAGUUGGGUCCUUAUUCUUUGGAGCGUAGAAGGUUGAGGGGAGACUUGAUAGAGGUAUUUAAAAUUAUGAGGGGGAUUGAUAGAGUUGACGGGGAUAGGCUUUUUCCAUUGAGAGUGGGGGAGAUUCAAACAAGAGGACAUGAGUUGAGAGUUAAAGGGCAAAAGUUUAUGGGUAACGUGAGGGGGAACUUCUUUACUCAGAGAGUGGUAGCUGUGUGGAACGAGCUUCCAGCAGAAGUGGUUGAGGCAGGUUUGAUAUUGUCGUUUAAAGUUAAAUUCGUCAGCUGUAUGGACAGGAAAGGAACGGAGGGUUAUGGGCUGAGUGCAGGUUGGUGGGACUAGAUGAGAGUAAGAGUUCGGCAUGGACUAGAAGGGCUGAGAUGGCCUGUUUCCGUGCUGUAAUUGUUAUAUGGUUAUAAGUAUUAUGCACUUUGAAUUAAAAUACAUUAAAAAUUGCUUAAAAUAGACACAAUUUCCUCAGUUAAGUUGUGGAAUGAUAAGUAAUUUCUGAAAUUCUGAUAUUGCCUUGGCUCAUUGUUAAACUUGCUAUUUUCAGAAUGAUCCUUUCUCCUAUGGUCUACUCUCCUCUCUUAUCAGAUUCCUUCCUCUCCAGCCCUUUACCUUUCCCAUUCCCACCAGCUGGCUAUCCUAACACUCAGUCAGUCGCUCAUCUUCUCCCCUUCCUUUCCAGUCCUGAUGAAGGGUCUUGGGCUGAAAUGCUGACUGUUUAUUAAUUUCCAUAGAUGCUGCCUGGCCUGAGUUCCUCCAUUCCAUUUUGCUGUGGAUUUCCAGCAUCUGCAGAAUUUGUGCUCCAAAAUUAUUAAUUUUGCAUAUCACACAUAUGUCAAUUUUCCCUAUUAAAUUUUAAAAAAAAUUGUGGUAAUAAAGUUCCACUUUCAUUUUGAAACUCGUCUGCUUUUGUGUGUUUUUUUUUUGUAACACAACGUGGAGUUUUGUCGGUAUUAUUCACAUUUUCACUACCUCCGAAUCUAAAAGGUUGCAAGAGGAGUGGUGGGACCGAGAAAUGGGGGGAAAAAAAUGCACCUUUUAGUGCUGGGGAGUGUGAAAUGUUGCAUUCUCGAAGCAGGAAUGAGAAGAUGAAAUGUAAAGGGGGAUACAAGAACACAUGGAGUGGGGAUAUAGUUGGAAAGUUUCACCCGGAAUAUUGUUUCUUGUCUGGGUGCCAUAUUGUAGUAAAGAUGUGAGGGAUUGAUAGAGUAUAGAGUAGACUUACCAAGUGACUUCAGAAAAUGGAGUCUAUAAGAGGUGGGAGCAGAAUUAGGCCUCUUGGCCCAAUGAGUGGUCCGCCAUUCCAUCAUUUUCCCCCUCAAUCGCCUUCUCCCCGCCCUGACCAAUCAAGAAUCUAUCAACCUUUGUCCCAGAUACACCCGAUGGCCUGUCCUCCACAGUAACCCGUGGCAACUAAUUCCACAAGUCUACCACCCCCCCCCCCCCACCGGCCAAAAAAAUUCCUCCCUGUCUCCGCUCCAAAUGGCCGCCCCUCCUUGUGUGUUAGACUGUUCCUCAAGGAACGUUGGACGUCACAAAGUCAUCAAAUGGAGGUGUUGGUGGUAGGUCUGCCACAAAUGCAUGAUUAGAUAUAAAUAAACUUUAAAUGAGAGAAAAUCUGCAGAUGCUGGAAGCCUAAAGCAACACACACAAAAUGCUGGAGGAACUCAGCAGGCCAGGCAGCAUCUGCAGAACAGAUUAAACAGCUGACAUUUCAGGCUGAGACUGUUCGGCAGGACUGAGUUGGAAGAGGGAAAGUGCCUGAAUAAAAAGAUGUGGGGGUGGGAGGAGGAAGAAGGCUAACUGGAAGGUGAUGGAUGAAACCAGGUGGGUGGGAAAGAUCAAUGGCUGGAGAAGAAGGAAUCUUUUGGCAGCAAAGACCGGAUUAAGGUACAAAGUUAACUUUGGGAAAGAAACCAAAGCUGACAUGAGAACAUGCCCCCCCCCCAACACAUUUUAACCAUUUUAUGAAAAGAGGAGUAUCCACAAAUGCCUUAAGUUUAGGCCCUGAACCAACAGUUGCUAUCCAACUGGCCUUCCUCUGCAGGUGGCUUCCCUGGUCAACCAUGACUGGUUCAUAUCUGGGUGAGGAUUCUCCCAUUCACACUGGGUUAACAUUUUUUUUGCCACUUUUUCAAUUGGGUACAGGAUACUAAACCAUCUUGCUGAAAAGAUGUUCCUCAGUCAAAUCCAGAAAUAGUUCAGAGUUGCGGGAAUUGCACAUCACGGGCGCUGCUUUAAUGGGUUUCAAAGUGGCUUUUCAUCACGGCCCUUCUGAGUAGCUUGCUUCCGUGGCUUCUGUAGGUUUUAUUUUACAGCUUUUACACACAUGACUUCACCUGGUCCCUUAAUAACGCCUCCCUGAACAAGAAGGCACACCAGCUUCUCCACUUCCUCAGCAGAUUGAGGAAAACGAGGCUCCCCCAUCCUAAUUUAAUUUUACAGGAACAGCAUUGAGUGUGUCCUGAUAAGUUGCAUCUCCAUCUGGUAUGGGAGCAGCCGAGCAUCGGACUGGAACUCACUACAAAGGCAGAGAGUUUCGUCGGGGUCUCCCUACCAUCCAUCAGGGACAUUUAUCAGGAGCGCCAUGUACUUAGUAUUAUCAAGGAUCCCACCCAGCCAUCCAGCAUCCCCUUUGACCUUUUCCUUCACGCGGGAGACUGAUGAAUAAAAACAAGAACGGUCAGGAUGGGAAACAGUUUCUUCCCUCAGUCCAUUAGGCUUCUGAACUCCCUGUCACAUCGCAUUCAAAGUGUCACUGGUUAAUCUGUUCCAGUCCCAGCAUUAUUUAUGCACUUUCUGUAGAUUUCAUCCUUACUUUUAUAAGUUAUUGUGUGUAACGUACACUACAAUGCUUUAUACCUGGUUUAGAGAAACAUUGUCUUGUUUGAUGGUACAUGUGUAUAUAGUUAAAUGACAAUAAAAUACAUUUUUUGUAAUAUGAACACAUUUUUGGAAACAUUCAACAGGUCAAGUAAUAACUGUGGAAUGAGAAACAGUAAAUGUUUAAGGUUUGAGACCCUUUGUCACAAGUGGGAAAGAGGGAAAUAAGUUUUCAGAGAGAUGAGAGAGGGAUGAAUAGUUCAAGAUAAAUUUAUUAUCAAAGUAUAGAUAUGUUACCAGACCAUCCUGAGAUCCGUUUUCUUGCAGGCAUUCACUGAAGAACAAAAUACAAUAGAAUCAAUGAAAAGCUAUGCACAAAGACUGACGAGCAAUGUGCGAAAGACUAACUAUGCAAAUACAAUAAAUAAAUAAUUCUGAGAUCUUGGGUUGUAGAGUAGUUGAAAGCAAGUCAAUGUUCAGUACUUGGGUGAGUGAGGUAGUCCAUGCUAUUUUAGGAGCCCAAUGGUUGAAGGAUAAUGACUGUACUGUCAGACCCUAAUCCUCCUGUACUUCCUCCCUGAUGGCAGCAGUGAGAUGAGAGCAUAGCCUGGAUGGUGAGGACCCUUGAUGGUCGAUGCUGCUAUCUUGUUUCAGCAUUCCUUGUAAAUGUUCUCAAUGGAAUAGAAUGUAAAUUUGAAGAACACCACUCCAUUUAUUGUCUGGGCAUAUUGAUGGCUGGCUGCACUUGAUAUUA